GUGGGCCCGGGUCGAGGCGAGGCACUUCCCGCGGGAAAACCACUCACUGCUGCGUGCGUGCGUGCGCGAGGGCCGCUGCUGCUCGACGGCUCCUGCAGCCACCGUUUUGCAGGCAGGGCAGGCCAUGGACAGGCGCCUGGCGACGGUGCUGCUGCUGGCGGCGGCGGCGGGCGUGGCGCGCGCCAGCGCUCACUUCAUCCGGCUGGCGCUGGUCGCCGUCAUGGGCCUCGCUGGCAUGUACAUGCUGCACGUGCUCGCCCAGGACUACAACGCCAUCCGACAGCCCGUCAGGGCCAAGGUCGCCUCCGCCAUACUGCGCUCCGUCAUCGCCAAGAGGUCAGCGGCAGACUCGCCGGUGGUCGGAGAGGCGGCGUCGGCGGGCCGGCCGUCGCUGGACUGGGGGCGCGUGCUGCGGGCCGACCCCGCGGGCUGCGCGCGCAGGGUGCUCUGCGAGCUGGCCGCCAAGCCAGAGCUGCGGCUCAGCGACGCCGACAGGCGGCUCCUCGCCCUCGUCACUGACGGCGGGGGCGGCGGCCGCGGCGACGUGUCGUGGCGCGCCUUCUGGCGGGCGGUGGAGGUGGGCCGCAGCGCUGCGGACCCGGCGGCGUGCUGGGCGGCGUUCCGCGGCUGCCCGCACUCCACCGCCCUCAUCCUGGGAGCCGUGCGUGCCGCUGCCUCCACUGCAGACCUGUGACCGCGCCGGCUCACGCCUCGCUGUCCGCAUCGUGCCGACUGCUCGCCCCUCCGACACGUCGCAGCUGCAGCUGAGCUCUGCAUCGAAGGAGAAGAUUG